GCUCAAUAUAUUGAUUGGUAAAUAAAGCUUCGGAGUGAAAAAGCAUCGAGAUUUAUCAUCGUGACAGUGUUAUGUAUCAAAUUGGACUAAAUACUAAUUCCGAUGGACACGUAACUAUGUACUUAUGCAGGAACGAGUGUACGUGCUUAGCGGGAAAGGUCUCCAUGCAGCUCCACCACAGCGUCCUCUGCUUGUUUUAGGGUGACAGCCAUAUGUUGGUAGCUGUGUUAGGUAGGAGGUAGUUUUACGGUGGAGAGCACUGCUGUGGGAGCUAGGUAUAACCACAUAUAUAGACUCCCUCCGUCUCACCGACACUAGCGUCACUGUCAUUUAAACACACAUGCUGUAUGUAUAAGGUAGUAUAUACAGGCAAAGUGACGUCGGCACCUUACUAUCAGUCGCCUUGCACCGAUGAACUUACCUUGAUGUAAAGCAGGUCAGUGGAGACCGAUCGCGAGCUUGACCACUCAACACUAACAGUGACACUCAACACUAACUGAAAUACUCGGGACUAUUACCAUUAACGUUUGUGAACAUUAAAAUCGUGAGCUUAAAGAUAUUUCUCUGGACUUGUCAAGGUAUAUAUUCGAGGGAUAUGUAUACUUUCCAAACGAAAGGUUAGGAAAUUUGGACACAGACACGGGAAUUCAGACGGCCAUAUCAGCCACAUCAGCUCCGACGCCGACAGUAUGGCAUUGACAACGCUCAACAAGGACGACAAGAAAGACAAGAAGAAAAAGAAGGAGAAAAAGGGCAAAGAUAGAAAGAAGGAUAAAAAAUUACAAGAACCUUUUCUAGGUGGAGCCAGCAAUAAAGGCGACAAGCCACUUCGAGGCCGGCGUCAGCAUUCCAUGGAUAAUCAUCAUGUGGACGAGGGUUACCUGAGACACCAUAUCGACCAUCGAAACCGUACCAGGAGACAGGAUGCUGAUGCGGACGUCUGCUUCCACUGCCUUAGAAAUGCUCUACACUGCUACAACAUUGUCAUACUUAUUAUGGGCAUUGGUGCCCUGGCGGUGGGGAUCUGGCUCCUUGUGACUGACUUCAGUGCUCGUGAAGUUUCCGUGGUGAUAGAUUCCAACCUGUUUGAGAUUGGGACGUACUUAAUACUGGCUGGAGGAGGGAUGAUAGCUCUCCUCGCCUUCUGUGGCUGCUGUGGGACAAUGAGAGAGGACCGCUGUAUUCUCGGAUUUUAUGGCGUAGUAUUGGUCCUGGUUUUCAUGGCACUUAUAGUGGGCGGAGUGUUGGCCUUCAUGUUCAGAGAAAAUAUGACAAGUGAUUUUAAAGAAAAGCUGGUGGUUACGAUAGAAAAACAGUAUGGUUUUGAAGUACGGACAAACACCCACAACAGACUGGUCACUGACGCCUGGGAUUCCAUACAGAGAAAAUUAAAGUGCUGUGGGGCCUAUGGCAAUAUCAGCAGUGACUUUUCCUGGGCGAUAUACAAGCAACAUAGCGAUUGGUGGGCUAGGAGGCCGUCACGUGACAACGGGAUACCCUAUUUUCAAAAUAAAUACCCCAUGGUACCGGACAGUUGUUGUGUACCAGACAUGGACAAGGAGAAAUGUCAGGGGCGUGUCUUUAUAGAGGGCCCACCGAAUAAAGGGCCACCCUUCAAGGGAAGUCAUACAGAAAAUCCACAUAUAUAUACUGUGGGCUGCUACGAUAAAGUCAUAGACUACAUGAUGCAGCACUCGUUAAUACUGGGAGCCGUAGCGUUCGCUGUACCUAUAUUCCUGAUUGUUGGUACUAUAAUAGCAUUCUGUUUGUGUGCGAGAGUGAAGAAGGGAGAUGAAGAUGAAGAGGAUAUAUAAAACUGCUGUAGAUGACACCCGUUUUAGUUUGGCUCACUUGCCUUCCGUCCAUAGGCACAAAUGGCAUAUCGACAUCACGGCAAUUUGGACACACACUGAUUGGUCCUUUGCUCCAACAAUGCGGUCAUGUGCCGACAACUUGUCACAAUAAUGUAGACACAAAUUGGCAUAUUGGUCAAACAAUGUGAUUAUGUGCUUGCAAGUCAUCAACAGCAAUGUGGACUCAAAUUGGCACAUUGCUCCAACAAAUUGGUCAUGUGCUGGCAAGUUGUCCCAACAAUGUGUAUACAGAUAGGCACAUUGCUCGGGUCAUGACAUUCUAUGCUGGCAACUUGCUACAGUAAUGUAGACAAUGGUUACACUGACAAUGAGUCGACCGACUUGCCUACUGUCAACCCAUCUACCUGUGACAGAAGUUCAGCGGUACUAGACCAUUUGUGCACACCACUUUUCCGUUAUUACUGCUGAAGCCGGUGUAUGUAGUAGUGCUAUCAUUAUAUGGGAAAGUGGCACCAGAUGUUUAAGCUCUGUACCAUAUCACUAGGACAUUUACAUUUCUUUUCUAAUGGAUUAAGCAAAUGCUACCGUAGUAAGACAUUCCUCAUUGUCACAGAAUUAAAGUGGUAGCUUUAGUACUUACCUGUGAUUUUGGACCAGCAUUAUGUUGUUUUGUGUGAAAUAUAAAAGAGAUAAUUCAUUGCUGACCCAACACACGCUCAUAUCAAUGAUUCCAAGGGAGACAAGGCUGGAGACAAUCGGUGAUAUCACAGUUCGUUAAUUACCAAGCGUUAGAAUAUCGGUGAUAUCACAGCUCGUUAAUUACCAAGCGUUAGAAUAUCGGUGAUAUCACAGUUCGUUAAUUACCAAGCGUUAGAAUAUCGGUGAUAUCACAGUUCGUUAAUUACCAAGCGUUAGAAUGAUACUUGAGUUUGUGGACUUGUCUAUGGAAAAUAUUCCAUGGAAAUGACAAUGCAGUAUGGAUAUAUGGGGACCUACACUGGGACAGAUAUAUCGGUGAAACUGUUGAGCAAUACUGUGGCAGAUGUGAUACCAUUGCAGCUGAUACCCUCUUGUUUAGUUAUCCGUAACCAUUAUAUUACAAAUCUUUGCCUAUAAGAAGGCUUACCUUCUUGCAUUUUCUGGAGAUGCUCAUUGAAGAUGAGACUGAGGUCGCCUUGUGGACGGGACACUGGAUGGACUAUAACGUAAAAAAGGGAAUAUAAACACACAUCAUUUCUCUAAAGAUGUUUGUGAAGCACGAUUAUCUUUUACCAAUUGUUAAUAAAAAAGAUACCACAAAAAUGGUUCCCUAGCAACACAUGUGUCACAACCUUAGAAACAAGAACAGUGCCUUGUCACAAAGCGGGAUAACACAGUUUGCUGACAUGUGAAAUUAAAUGGCUGUUAACGCUGGGAUCACUGAAGACUUCACCACAAAGGAUCAACAACAGAAUUAUAUUGCUUUGUUGGAAAUAUAAACCGUUUACACCAGCUCCUAUUGGAUUGAACCGAAAGGAAAUCCUUCAUCAAAAGGAUGACGAGUACAGGAACAAGGCUGUACCAGAUGGAGUUAACGUCAUUAGAUGGUUUAGUGAAGGUUUCGGGGAGUACAUGUGCUGGAAGAAAACCCCAUCGAACGCUGCUAUGUCCCUUGUUGUCUAGACAACAAGUAGUCCACAUUUGAUCUGGUUUCAUGGAAAGUUAUAAUCAAGUUUACCAGAAAGCCCAGUUUGCUUCUAAGUUCAUAUGCAAAGAUAUACCGAAUAUAAUUGAAUAUGACAGGAGUCAGUCAAUGAAGUGCAUGUGAACGAUCGCCAACGUGUAACUUUUUUAUUUGGAUAAAAACACCAAAUAGUGCACGGACCUCUGUCUAAUGUCACUUUCAUGUUGAGAAGUGAUCGAGGUCAAGGACUUAUCGGGAAGUUUUUAAGUGCAGUGAACACACCCUAUAUUUGGAUAUAGACUUGUGUGUGGAUAAAGCAGAUUCCUUUGGUCGAACGCAGUGACCACCACGUGUCGUAUCAUUCCAUUUCGUCUUUAAGAGGCUAUUCCUUUAAUGGUCAGCCAGUUGUGUUACAUUCCAGGAAAUAUAUAUAUAAAGUAAUAUAUAUAGUUGCAUAUAUAUGUUAAUCAGAUGUUACUGUCCUGCUCAGGAUAUUAGCACGUAGAUCUCCUUCAUUUCUUUAUUUUAUAUGUGUAUUGAUCAUUUUGCAAAUCAUGCAAGUUAUGAAAAAAUAUAUCAGGUGAAAAGAAUAUUAAUGCAAGAAAAAAUAUUCUUCUUGAUUUUGACAAUGAACGUGUGAGGAGAAGAAUUGUGUUAGUGUUAUUGACAGCAUUUUUGAGUGCUGUAGAAAUAUAGCUGGAAAUUAAAGUGAACAUUUAUGUAUGAGGUUUCGAAUAACACUUCAUUUAACUGAACAACCUUAGAAAUGUGAAUUACCAACUGUGUUUAUAAGUUUAGUUGUGCUGAUAGCUUUAAAUGAACCAUAUAUAAUUUCUUUUUAUAUAACUUGGCAGUUCUUCACCCAAAUUAACCCAUUUUCGGACGAAAAUUUUAAAAUGUCGUAUGUUGAAUCUACACAAUGUAUGUAAUAUUUAACAAAAUUAUAGAAACCAACCAACCUAUUUCUUGGCCAACAGUCGGAUGUAUUAGACAAUCCUGGAGAGCGAUAGAUACAUUAGACACGGCAGUAACAUAGGGUUCGCUUUCCUUAGUACUGUGAUACUGUUGUUAUUCAAAAUAUAUUUCAUAUAAAAACUUAGAUAUAAAAAACUAAAAUCAAGGAAAAAAUACGCAUACCGCAGGUAUUGUUUGUUAUAAGAAUAAGAAACACCGGCUCAUCUCGAACUUUGUUGCAAUUUGGGUAACCUCACAUUACAAAUUAAUGAAGUGCUACGUCAAACCAAGUGUGGUAACCUCACAUUACAAAUUAAUGAAGUGCUACGUCAAACAAAUUGUGGAGUUCUUUACUCGCUGUUCGCAGUAGCAUCUCUAAGUAUGCUUCGAUCUCUUCGAAGUAGUAUUUAGAAAAAGUGACGUUUUUUCAUUCCUGGUGUAAAAUAUUAUAAAAAUUCUAACUAAGAUAUAUCGUAUGCAAUAUGUUAUGAGACACACCUACUUUGUGUCCUAUUGUCUUGAUCACUAGAGAAAAGAGUGUGUACAUGCCUAUACAAUAUGCUGUUUUUGUGUGAUUGUGGGCUAUUCAAAGGCAGCACAGUACAAAUGUGACCUUGCCAUACACCGACGGCCAUCCCCAAGGUUACUUUGACUACAUAUCGUUUGCCCUAAUAUGAAGUACACAUGCACUGCUAUACUAUACUUUGUAUUGUCUCUUAACGUCAAAGUAAAAUAACUAGAAAAUGACUUGCCAAUCAAAUACAUUUGAUGAAUUGUAACAUAACAGGAUUUUUAAAUUCACCACCAAAAUAUUGUUCCUUGUAUGUCAAAAUGUUGAAGCUAACACUUUUUGCUAAACUAUUUCAUACUGAAAGCUUAAAUCUGGUUUAUAUCUCUUAAAUCUGGUUUAUAUCUUUUUAAAUCUGGUUUAUAUCUUCUUCCAAAAUCGAAACCCAGUGAUAAACAGUCGUAUAGUUUGAAAUUGAGCUGCUCAAUAUUCGUUGUGUUAUUUUUUCUGACGCUUUCAGUAAACUGUCGUUAAGCUUAUUUUGUACAAUGAAGACAACUGAAGUGCAUUUGUAACAUGAUUUAUAUCAUGUACGGUAACAUAACUGAAAGGGAAACAUCUCAACAAAUAUACCAUCUGUGGUACUAAAGGCCGCCUCUCUUACAGAUUAGGAGUUGUACACGGUACGACUGCACUCCUGUCACACCUUGUCAGCAUUUCUCAUUUCCUUUCAUACUUCAUGUCUUCUACAUUUUGAAAAACAAAUGUUUUUGCAGUUUUAUAUCGAAAAAUCCUUGAAAUGUUUUUUAUCCUUGUGCCUCUCCAUGUGUUGAUGCAGAUCUACUGGCGACCUCAAUGGAUGCAGAUGCUGGGGUUGUGUAUAGGUUCUCUAUGUACAUACAGGCUGUAGUUUUUCAUAUUCAUACCUUAAUGUAGAACAUCAUAUAUGGAGUGAGAACAAUUAAAAAACUGUUUUUUCCAAAUAUUAAAAUAAAUAUCAGUUUAUGUACAUAUGUAAAAUACUUGAAAUCAUCAACUUUCUUAUGUUUCGACGUGUGAGAUCAAAUGUACGACUGGGAGUAAAAGUUGUAUCUGAGAUUCCUUAUAAGAUACCGGUAUAUCAGUUGUUAUAUCAUUCAUGACUCUAGCGCAUUAUUAAGGGUCACGUGCAAACAUUUUCAUAAAUACUGAAAGAGGUGAAUAUUACUUUAGAAACAUAAUAAGCAUUUAAUUAGUUUUAUUAUUUCAUAUGUGAUAAUUAAUUGGUGGGGGUGGUCGAAAAUAUAUCGAUACAGAUAAAGAAUCUGACCUCGCCUCAGGUUACUGUAAUAGUAAAUUAAAAAUCAACACAUCUUUGUGACUAAGUCAACGGAGUUCAGACCCGUGGAAUAAGUCUAUGAUAGCAAAACAUAAAAGAAUAUAUGCGAUUUGUAAACGAUUUACAGUAUUUUGGCGAUACCAGAGAGAUAUUAAAAUAUUAACAGAUUUUUAACAUGACCGCUAAAAUCAAUGAACGCCUCGUGUCACUCAUUUGUCCGUUCUGGG